AUGGAGAAGAAGGCUCUCACUACUGCUGAAUCAGUUCGGGUUGUGGAAAAGCAUCCAUGGGUUAUCACCUUUCCGAACCAUGAAGACUUGACUUUUCUCUUCGAUCCAUUGGAACGGAAGAGGUACACACUGAAUUUACCCGAGUUAGUUGGAACCGAUGUUUGUUACUCGAAAGACGGAUGGUUGCUUAUGCGAAGAUCCAGUUUAGUGGACAUGUUCUUCUUCAACCCGUAUACUAGGGAGCUUAUAAACUUGCCAAAGUGUGAGUUGGCCUUUCAAGCGAUUGCUUUCUCUUCGGCCCCUACAUCAGGUACUUGUGUGGUGUUAGCGUUAAGACCUUUUACAAGAUAUAUCAUCCGUAUAAGCAUUUGCUAUCCUGGAGCAACUGAGUGGAUUACUCAAGAAUUUUCAUGCUCUCUUAGAUUUGACCCAUACAUGCAUAGCAACCUUGUCUAUGCCAACGAUCACUUCUAUUGUUUUAGCUCAGGAGGUGUUUUAGUUGACUUUGAUGUAGCUUCCCGCACAAUGAGUGAACAAGCAUGGAAUGAACAUAGAUGCGCUUAUAUGCGUAAUGAUAAUGCAGAAUGGUUUAAUCUUCCGAAGAGAAUUUACUUGGCUGAGCAGAAAGGAGAGCUCUUUCUCAUGUAUACAUGUAGCAGCGAGAUACCGAUGGUGUAUAAACUUGUCUCCUCAAAUUGGGAGGAGAUAAAUAGUACUACUCUUGACGGCGUGACAAUCUUUGCAAGUAUGUAUUCCUCGGAGACGAGAUUGGAUGUUCUUGGGAUGAGGAACAGUGUGUACUUCCCAAAGUAUGGUUUAGAUUGCAAGGGAUGUGUAUCCUACUCGUUUGAUGAAGCCAGGUACUAUCCGCGUAAGCAGCUUCCAAAACCAACAAUAUGGCAAAUGCAGAAAGAACUUUGCCCUCUUAGGAGUCUGGAUCGAGCCACCGUCUAA